AUGCCGCACGUGGCGUCAUGCUGGGUGGCAGGGGUGGUGGACGAGAGUGCAGUGGGUGCGUCCGUGCCAAGCACUUGUGAGAACCCCGCGGAUAAGCGCUGCAUGGGGAGUGAAGACAGGGCAGAGCUGCCCGUGUGGAGCGCACAGGUGAGGAUAAAGGGGAUGGAGGGGGGGGUGGCGUCAUGCUGGGUGGAAGGGGUGGUGGACGAGAGUGCAGUGGGUGCAUCCGUGCCCACCACAUGUGAGAACCCCGCGGAUAAGCGCUGCAUGGGGAGUGAAGACAGGGCAGAGCUGCCCGUGUGGAGCGCACAGAGUGCUGUGGGUGCGUCCGUGCCCACCACAUGUGAGAACCCCGCGGAUAAGCGCUGCAUGGGGAGUGAAGACAGGGCAGAGCUGCCCGUGUGGAGCGCACAGGGGUGGUGGAUGAGAGUGCUGUGGGUGCGUCCGUGCCCAGCACCUGCAGCAACCCCGCGGAUAGGCGCUGCAUGGGGAGCGAGGAUACAGCGUCGCUCCCCGUGUGGAACGCACAGGCGCUGCAUGGGGAGUGAGGACACAGCCGCCCUGCCUGUGUGGAACGCACAGGUGAGGAUGGAAGGGGAGGAAGGAGGGUGGCGUCAUGCUGGGUGGAAGGGGUGGUGGAUGAGAUGCCUGCGUGGAGAUGCCCGCGUGGAGAUGCCCGCGUGGAGAUGCCCGCGUGGAGAUGCCCGCGUGGAGAUGCCCGCGUGGAGAUGCCCGCGUGGAGAUGCCCGCGUGGAUAUGCCCGCGUGGAGAUGCCCGCGUGGAGAUGCCCGCGUGGAGAUGCCCGCGUGGAGAUGCCCGCGUGGAGAUGCCCGCGUGGAGAUGCCCGCGUGGAGAUGCCCGCGUGGAGAUGCCCGCGUGGAGAUGCCCGCGUGGAGAUGCCCGCGUGGAGAUGCCCGCGUGGAGAUGCCCGCGUGGAGAUGCCCGCGUGGAGAUGCCCGCGUGGAGAUGCCCGCGUGGAGAUGCCCGCAUGGAGAUGCCCGCGUGGAGAUGCCCACGUGGAGAUGCCCAGGUGAGCUGCUGCUGCUGCACGAUGUGUACUUGGAUGCACACGGGCGUGUGUUCAACGCCACACAUGUAUUUGACUACAAUGCAUGUGCUCACUUUGACAAUUCCAAGUUCACCUACUAUGGCACUCCCAACGGCUACCACGGCGGUGGCCCCAACACCAGCUCUACCGUCCUCACAGAUAAGGCUGGUUCAAGCAUAGAAGCUGCCGAGCAUAGGGGAAAUGCCAAGUUUGCUGAUCGCGGGAGGGAUGAAGAUCACAAAAAACGGGGGGAGUUAGAGGAAGCAGCUGGGGAAGGUGGGGAGGAGGGUGGGGAGGAAGGUGGGGAGGAGGGUGGGGAAGAAGGUGGGGAGGAAGGUGGGAAGGAAGGUGGGGAGGAAGGUGGGAAGGAAGGUGGGGAGGAAGGUGGGAAGGAAGCUCAUGACAGCAGGCCUGGCGGGCGAGGCCUGCUGAGCUUUGAGUCGACUCAAAACACACCUGCUGCUGAUGCUGCUGCUGCUGCUGCUGAUGCUGCUGCUGCUGCUGCUGUUGCUGCUGCUGCUGCUGCUGUUGCGGGUAACGAGAGGCAGAGGAGGGUGGUACUUGACAGCAGGAUUAGCGGGCGAGGCCUGCUGAGUGUGCUGUGGAAAAGGCCUGGCGGGGACCGUCAUGGGGAUCGAGGGAUCCAUGUGAGUGCUGCCGAGGGUGCAGAGAGUGAUUCUGGUACUGAGGCAAUGGCAGCAGUUGGUGCAGGGCCAGAUGUGGCAAAUGGGGCGGAUGGGACAGAUGGGGCAGAUAUAGAAGAAGUUGAAGAAACCACUGCAGAAGAAGCGGCAGCAGAAGGGAAUGCGAGCGCACAGAGAGCACAGGAGCAGGAGGGACAGAGUGGACAGCAGAAACGGAUUUCCAGACAGACAGAUAGGAAACGAAUGGGGGGAGGAGGAGAAAGCGUAAGUGGCAAGGGCGCUGCUGAUGCUGGUGCGGUGGGGAGCGGUGGCAGCAAUGACGGCAGCAGCAGUGACAGCAGCAGCAGCAGCAGCAGUAGCAGCAGUAGCAGCAAUGGGGCCAGCGGCAGCAGCAGCAAGCAGCAGGAGAGUGUGGGCGUGAGUCAGUGGGAGCAGGCAGUGGCGAUGGGCGCUGUGGCGUUCUUACAAGGGCACACAGAAAGCAGCGCAGCAGGAAGAGCAGGGGGAGCAGAGGAGCGUGGAGAGAUGGCGCUUGGCCCUCCUGAGUCACACCAAAAAACAGAGGAGCAGAUGGAAAGGGAGAGAAGUGCUGGGAGCACGGGAGAAGAAAGGAGGCUGGGGAGCAUGGAGGUGCAUGAGGUGCAGGAAGGAAGCCUGUUCUUUGCGGAAAGGCUCUUCCUGGUGCGUGUUGCUUUGCGUGUUGCUUUGCUCUCUCUCUCUCCCCCCUCUCCUCACAGCUCUUCCUGCCACUGCACCAGCGCUCCACUGCAGCAGCGCUGUGGGCGGCCCAGCAGGGCCAUGUGGCAGCACCUGCGCUCGCAGCAUCUGCUGCCCAAGCACCCGCCGCCGCUCCUGCCACCACACUCCACCAUCCUCUCCCCUCCCCCCACGCACUCUCAAGACUUCUCUCCUGGAGCCGACUGGGUGGUAGUGGUGGGGGUGGAUGCACCAUGGGACAUGAAUGAAGUCUCACCUGAACAUCCACCUGAAGAGCGGCAACAGCGGCGGCAACAGGAAGGGCAACAGGACCAGCAGCAGCCGCAGAGGCAGCAGCAGCAGCAGCAGCCACAGCAGCAGCAGGCGACUGAAAGUAACUCAUUCAACGCCACCGCCCCCAAAUCCAUCCCUCGCCCGCUCGUGCACUCCUUGGAACUGCUGCAGCGCCUGCAGCAGUGGGCGGGGCAGGGGCGGGUGGUGGAGUACCGGCAAGGCAGCAUGCGUGUGGGGGAGCGCAGGGCUCUGUUUGGAAGAGCUCGCCUGCUGGUGGCGGCGCAUGGGUCUGUGCUGCCUGAUAUGGUCUUCAUGCCACCCGGCGCCACAGUCAUCGAGUUGCGCGUAUCAAGCGAGGGCGACCCGACGUUCCACCUGCUAGCCGACGCGUGCCGCCUCAACUACCACCUCUUCCUGGCAGACGCCUCUUUCAGCCCCUACGAGCCUUCCCACCCACUCAGCCUCGCCAGUCAAAGGGUGCAGUUGCACCAACCCCGGGCCCUGCUCAGGACGCUCAGAGCAGUGGUGGCGCGAAUAAAGAGAGAAUGA